CUUUACUUUACUUUACUUACAUAUUAUAAAAUGGCAAGACAUCAUCCUGAUCUCAUUUUUUGUCGAAAACAACCUGGCAUUGCCAUUGGACGGCUUUGUGAGAAAUGUGAUGGAAGAUGUGUCAUUUGUGAUAGUUAUGUACGCCCUGCAACAUUGGUACGGAUAUGUGAUGAAUGUAACUUUGGGUCAUUCCAAGGUAGAUGCGUUGUCUGUGGUGGUCCUGGCGUGUCUGAUGCGUAUUAUUGCGUUAGUUGUACCCGAUUAGAGAAAGAUCGUGAAGGAUGUCCAAAGAUUAUUAACUUGGGAUCUUCAAAAACAGAUCUAUUUUACGAGCGGAAAAAAUUUGGGUUCAAGAAAGGAUAGCAUCAAACAAAUUUUGCAUAUAUAUGUAAAUCAACUUCUCUUCAUUUCUUCAUUCGUCGGUUUCUUCCUCCCCUUCUUGUAUCAUAGAAAUAUAUGUAGCCUAUUCUUGUCGUUUUUUUUUCUUCACCUUUACCCACUAUCUUUUUAUAUUUUACAUCAUUUUAUUGUUCUCAGUCUUUUUAUAUAGUAUUCAAUAAAUACACUCCACUGGAGUAUUAGAAAUCAAA